AUGGCGGCGGAGCAAGAAAUAAAUAUUAAGUUUGUACAAGAAGUUGAAAAACAUGCUUGUUUAUAUAACUACAAAUUACCAGAAUACAUGCGGAAAAAUACAAUAGAUAGGACUUGGGCAGAAAUUGGGAAUAAAUUUCAAAUAACAGGAUCAGAAGCUAAAGAAAAGUGGAAAAAUCUACGUAGUGUUUUUGUUCGCCAUUUGAAACCGCCUAAAAGUGGAGCAGGGACUGCGCAAAAAAAAACCAUACUACUUAGCUGA